AUGCCCCUGUCAUGGGUUCAGGCCUGGGCAAAGGUGAGUGGGCGGUAUGAGGGGUGCCCUGAGGACCCGGCCAAGUGGAAGACCAACUUCCGCUGUGCCUUGAGGAGCACCCGCAUGUUCGUGCUGCUGGAGGACCGCUCCAAGUGUGGUGAUGACCCGCACAAGGUCUUUGCCAUCGUCCCAGCUGCCCUCUGGCAUGGUGAGGGAGAUUUCGGCGGCAGCCCUGACCCUGCGGUGGACCAGCAGCUGGAACUUGACCCCCAAGAUGUGGCCCCAGAAAUCACCCCCACAGGCAGCACCGACCCCGCACAGCCCCCAACGCUGGAGGACCUGGAGGCGCUGCAGUGGGUGCUGCAGCAGUGCGAUAUCUCCCCCCGAGACCUUGGCCCCCCGGCCCCAUCCUGGGCACCUGCAGGGGAUGCCCCCCACCAGGACAGCGUGCUACAGCCCCACCCAGACCCCAGCCAAAACAACUGCCUCCCCCUGGCAGCAUUUCAGCAAUGGGUGCCCACGGUGGAGCAGCCCCCCUUGGAUGCCUACAGCCCCCCCGACUCCAUGCUGCUGGAGGAGCAAGGGGCCAUGCCACUGCCGUGCCACCCACCAGAGGUCACAGUCCCCAUGUCAUCCCCAGGGGAGGCGAUGCUCUUCGCCCCUGCCACCAAUGGCAUCAUCCCCAUCCUGGACAUCAGCAUCUACUACCGUGGGAAGCUCUUCCACCAGGAGGAGGUGCGGGGCAGCCAGUGCCUGCUGGCAUACCAGCCCUCUGACCCAGCAGUGGCCCUGCGUCCCGGGUGCCUGGUGCGCUUCCCCAGCCCUGCCGAGCUGACUGACAGCAAGCAGCGGCGUUUCACCAAGGAGUUGCUGGACAGUGCGGGGCUGCAGUUGGAGCAACGCACCCGCAAGCUCUUCGCCACCCGCCUGAAGAAGUGCAAGGUCUUCUGGGCCCUGUCCCAGCAGCUUGAGGGUGUCAGAGACCCCCCACCUAACCUGCUCUGCCGGGACAAGGAAACGCCCAUCUUUGACUUCAAUGAGUUUUGCACAGAGCUGAGGGACUUCCGCAAUGGCCAAAGGCAGCGGUCCCCUGACUUCACUAUCUACCUCUGCUUCGGGCAGUCCUUCUCCAAGGCCAAGCCCAAGGAAUCCAAGCUCAUCCUGGUCAAGCUGGUGCCCAAGUUCUGUGAGUACUGGUACGAGCAGGUGCUGCGGGAGGGAGCCUCCUCCCUCGACAGCGGCACCGUCAGCCUGCAGCUCUCUGACUCCUUCAGCCUCUUCGAGCUCAUCGAGCAGUGCAACAUGCAGAUGGACUGACCCCCACCUACCCCACUCCCUGUGGCCCCCUGGGACAGGCACCAGCCAGCAGGGGACCACCGGGCGGGGACCGGGGACCACCGGGCAUGGGGCAAACCGGCAUCCCCCCGCC